CAAACAAACAAACAAACAAAAAAAAGAAGACGGAAAAAAUAAAAAAAAUAAAAACAAGAAUAUUACAUAAAAGAAAACCGAAAAACCGAAAAACCAAAAAGCAAGAACACACAAUUGCAAGAUGACGCCAACGUUGCAAGGUUGCAUCUGUCUCUCACUCCUCUUGCUGCCACUUUUAUCUCUCGUCGGGGCAGAUGGCGAUACAGGUGACGGUCUGCCCUACUUCGUGAGUCCCAUUGAAAACAUAACAGUGUCGGUCGGCAGAGAAGCCAGACUCACCUGUGUUGUCGAGAAUCUGGAUACAUAUAAGGUAGCGUGGAUCUACAAGGGCACAGGCGGCCGCACAGUGCUCACGGUCGCCACGCAGGUCAUCACCAAGAACCCGAAGGUGUCGGUGUCGCAGGAGGCCCAGUCGUGGGUGCUUAUCAUCAAGAGCCUCACGAAGAAGGACCAAGGGAUCUACAUGUGUCAAGUGAACACCAAGCCGGCCAGGAAUCAGCUCGGCUCAAUCCACGUCGUGGUUCCCCCGACCAUCGAUGACUCCAGAAGCAGCGGUGACGUCACAGUGGAUGAAGGCAAAGACGUGUCAAUGACAUGUGAGGCUCGUGGUGACCCCCCGCCUGUCAUACGCUGGGUGAGGGAGGGUGGAGAGAGGUUUAACAUGAACACUUCUCAGACGGUGGACGAGUAUCUGGGCAAGACGCUGUUCAUUCCCGGCGUGUCUAGAAACCACAGCGGAGCCUUCCUCUGUAUAGCGUCCAACGGCGUUCCUCCCUCCGUCAGUAAGAGGAUUCUGCUUCACGUUAACUUUCCGCCGAAGAUCUUGGACGAGCACGCUAGUGGGCGCGUGGGCGCCGCGCUGCUGGGCGUAGCGACCAUGACCUGCAGGUUCCAAGCUCAGCCACUGACGGCCGUCCGCUGGUUCAAGGGCCCGAGGGAGGUCAAAGGUCAGAGUGCUUCCGCCGUCGUGGAGACGAGCAAGGGCCAGGGUAUCGGAGAGAUGGUUUCGGUGAUGACGAUCACCAUCGAGUCGGCGAGAGAUUAUGGCCGAUAUCGCUGCCUCGUUCGAAAUUCCUUGGGAUCAGCUGAGAAAUACUUUGACGUGUUUGAGAUCACCACCACUACUUCUACCACCAGCACUACCACCACUUCUACUACUACUACCACUACCACAACUACCACUGCACCAUCACAGCUGCUUCCCAAUAAGGUUGACACACAGCCGCCCUUCGUUCCAUGGAGGACGGGAACCACUGGCCUGGUGAAGUAA